AGGCAGAGGAAUGCGAACACGAACAUGGCGAGCACGCGAGCUAAUAAAUGGCACCCGUCAUUGCUCCCGAGUUAGCCGUUGUCGCUGCCCUUCAAUUGUGCACACUGCAAGACGGCACGACGUGGGCUUCACCGUGUGAGAGUUACUGGCAGAGCCUGCUGGUGCUGGUAGGAGAGUCGCCAUUACCUCAGUAUGAGUGCACUCGAGUACUCUCUCUGAGAGCGCAUAAGCUCUCGCUCCGCGCUCGCUCUCACAGGAUGCAGACAACCGCCUUGCUUGAAUCACUCUCGUGCUCGUCUGCUCGUCAGAGCACAAGCCACGUCUUGCAGAUGAACCCGAGCUAUCCGUGCAAUCCGUCGGAUCUCACGAAACGAUCAAGCAGCUCUCCUUGAACUAGCCCAUGCGUGAUCGGAUCCGGGAAUCUCACUCCCGCCGCCCAGACCUCGAUGCUCUGCGCAAUCUGCUCAGCAUAGGUCUCUUUGAGCCGCUGGAACCUGGGUGCUGCGUGCGC